AUGGACCCCAACUUCUUUGUCGAAACUGAUCGCCUCUACAUCUCCAACUUCCAGUCCGAGAACGACGACCACUGUGACUUUCUCCUUCAACUCUACACCACUCCCGAGUUCAUCGCCUCCGCCGGAAACUCCGGCCUCAACACCCGUGACGACGCCCGGAAGCAGAUUGCGGGCCUCUUCACGAAGUGGCACGCGAGCGUCGGCUGCAGCCCGUACCUCGUCAGCCGCAAGCCCACCGACCCCGCGGCGAUGGACGGGCUCGCACCGGACGCGCCUUUCCAGGAGCGGCUCGCGCGGUGCACGCACGUCGGGGGCGUGUCGCUUAUCCGUGGGACGAACCCGACGUCGUACAAGGUGCCGGACCUCGGUUUCGUGAUUCUGCCCGAGGAGAUGCGGAAGGGGUACGCGAAGGAGGCGGCGCUGGGCGCGUUGAAGCACCUCAAGGAGGGCUUGGGCGGUGACGUCGCGGCAGGGUUCACGAGCCCGAAGAACGUGGCGGCGAAGGCGGUGUUCAAGAGCCUGGGGUGGGUGGACCGGGGAGAGAUGGCGUUGGUGGACUUCGGAGGGGAAGUGUCGUCGGUGUGGUUGCCGCCUCAUGCGGCUGAGGACCUAUCGGUGUAUGGUUUACCGUAA